GGUGAUGCAGAAAUAUCUUUUUAAAGCUGAAGCUAUGAAGUAAUCCAGAUCCUGUUCUACAGCGGCUCCAAGAAGCACCAGAGGCGAAAAAUGGACGUUGUCUGUUUCUCCCCUGCACAAUCUCCGUAUUUACAUCCUAAAUCUUCGGCGGCCACGUACGCCAUUCCCUCUAAAAACACGGUCAAAACCGCCGGCGCUAGGAGGACAAGCCGCGCCGUUCUCUGCCGGGCGACGUUGCCGAGACCUGCGGCGGCGGUAGCGUCGGAGGUGUUUGUCGACACGUCCACCUCAACAGAUACGCGGCCGUGUCCUCCUCCUCCGCCGCCAGCUGAACUGCCGCGAGUGUCUCCGAGCUCACUGCAGUGCGGUCCUGGGUACCUUAUUCCGAAUCCUUCGCUUCAGGCCAAUAAUGGCACUGGUAGGGACAAUGCGGUUGAGUAUUUGACUAGCAUAUUGUCUUCGAAGGUGUACGAUGUCGCCUAUGAAUCGCCAUUGCAGCUCGCUCCGAAGCUAUCUGAGAGGUUGGCCAACAAUGUCUGGCUCAAAAGAGAGGAUCUUCAACCUGUAUUCUCAUUCAAGCUUCGAGGAGCUUACAAUAUGAUGGCUAAACUCCCAAAGGAGCAGUUGGAAAGAGGGGUUAUCUGUUCAUCAGCUGGGAAUCAUGCUCAAGGGGUUGCAUUAUCUGCUCAGAGACUUGGGUGCAAUGCUGUAAUUGUGAUGCCUGUUACAACACCAGAAAUCAAGUGGCAAUCAGUUGAGAGGCUUGGUGCAAGUGUUGUUCUUGUGGGAGAUUCAUAUGAUGAAGCUCAAGCAUAUGCCAAGAAGCGUGGCGAGGAGGAAGGGCGAACCUUCAUUCCUCCUUUUGAUCACCCUGAUGUGAUUGCAGGGCAGGGUACUGUUGGGAAGGAGAUUAUGAACCAAAUAAAUGGUCCAAUACAUGCAAUAUUUGUGCCUGUUGGGGGUGGGGGGCUUAUUGCAGGCAUUGCUGCCUAUGUGAAAAUGGUAAAUCCAAACAUAAAGAUCAUAGGAGUUGAACCAUUUGAUGCAAAUGCCAUGGCGUUGUCACUGCACCGAGAUCAGAGAAUAAUGUUGGACCAAGUUGGAGGCUUUGCAGAUGGCGUAGCUGUUAAAGUAGUCGGUGAAGAAACGUUUCGUAUCUGCAGAGAGACGAUCGAUGGAGUGGUUCUUGUUAGCCGUGACGCCAUUUGUGCCUCAAUAAAGGACAUGUUUGAGGAGAAAAGAAGCAUUUUAGAGCCUGCUGGUGCACUUGCUCUUGCUGGAGCCGAAGCAUAUUGCAAGCACUAUGGCCACAAAAAUCAAAAUGUUGUUGUAAUCACUAGUGGAGCAAACAUGAACUUUGACAGGCUUAGAUUGGUAACUGAACUCGCAGAUAUUGGUAGGCAGCAGGAAGCCGUGCUCGCAACUUUCAUGCCAGAUGAUCCUGGCAGUUUCAAGCAAUUCUGUGAACUUGUAGGACCAAUGAACAUUACUGAGUUCAAGUGCAGAUGCACUUCUAGUAAAGAAAAAGCUGUGGCACUAUACAGUGUUGGUCUUCACUUAAAAAUAGAACUUGAGGCAAUGAUGGAGAGGAUGUCAUCUGCUGGACUUUAUACUAUUGAUCUUACAAAUAAUGACCUUGUCAAAGAUCAUCUAAGGCAUUUGAUGGGAGGGCGGUCCAAUGUUGAAGAUGAGGUGUUAUGCAGAUUUGUGUUUCCAGAGAGGCCAGGUGCCUUGAUGAAGUUCUUAGAUGCUUUCAGCCCACGCUGGAACAUUAGUCUGUUCCAUUAUCGCUCACAGGGAGCAGAAGGUGCGAAUGUGUUGGUGGGUAUCCAAGUUGCAGACAGCGAGAUUGGUGAGUUUAAGGAUUGUGCACACAACCUAGGAUAUGAAUAUGCAGUGGAAAACAGCAAUAGGGCUUUCCAACUCCUAAUGCAUUGAAAGCUAUACUGUUUGAAAGUUUAUUUUUAAUGAAUAAGUUGAAGUAUUGUGUUCGGUUUA